AUAAUUCAUUAAAUUUUUGUAAAUUUUCAUUAAAACUAUAUUUUUCUGUUCGAAUAUUUUCAACAGCUAUUAUAUGUCUAACUGUUGGCUGAGCAUAUAAUUGAACCGUUAACAUUGUUGACACGGAGAAUACGAAACACCGGAAGUCGAGGGAAUACUCGCUCUAAGGUAGUUCUCGCCCACUGGUCUUUAUAAACUUUGAACACGAGGAGCAUAGUCAAACUGGAAUAUCAUCAACAAAUUUCCAAGAUUCGAGAAUGAAAGAUUCAUAUUAUUUAUAGCAAAUCAAAAAAAAUAUAUAUAUAUAUAUAUAAUUGCUCGCACGAAGAAAAAGAAGCUAAAGGACCAAAGUUCAGAAGAUUUCAAUUAAUUAAGAGAGUGAGCACGAGAGAAUUCGGCGGAGGAUAGAAAAUGGCGGCGUACAAGUUAUCCGGAAGGGCUCGUUCAGAUUCCUCGGUGAAAUAGGGACGAACGGAUUAUCGUAUCGUAUCGAUAAGCCUCGACGGAUCAAUCAACCACGAGACGUGUCUUGACUGUUCCAGUGUCCAAGAAAUGAACACCGGUUCAUCGUUACAUACACUUGUUGCAUCGCAAACUGCUUCCCUCGUCGAUCGAUCGAAAGAAAGAUCAAAUGGCGAAGAACAAGCGAUGCUCGAAGUUUCGAUCCACGGAAUGUAAGAUGAAAUGAACGAUUUAAUCAAACGAUUUGGGGCAAGAGAGAGGAAAAGAGGGGGAGAGAGAGAGAGCAAGAUGAUCGACGGAGUGAAUGUGACAGAGACACGAAUAUGCCGUUUACAGGAAGAUCUCGAAAUGUUGGAGGAUCCUCGAAUACCGCCGUUGAAACGAAUCAGCUACGGCAUUGUUCUGCCUACCAUCUGUUGCUUUGGCAUCGUUGGAAAUAUUUUAAAUCUGAUAGUCCUCACCAGGCGCAACAUGCGAGGAACAGCUUACAUCUACAUGAGAGGUUACUCGGCGGCAGCGUUGCUCGCGCUUCUUUUCUGCAUCCCUUUUGACAUGAGGGUUCUUAUCCAUAAAGAGACAGGCAGAUGGAGCAGUUGGAUACAAGCUUUCUAUCACACUCACCUCGAGCUCUUCUUGGGGAACGGUUGUUUGGGAGUUGGAGUUAUGAUGCUGCUAGCUUUGACAGUGGAACGUUACGUUAGCGUUUGCCGGCCUGGCCGGCACACUCGUCCACUCUGUGGCCCCCCGCAUUUAACCGUGGCUCUUAUUCCCCUCGCCACGUUCCUAGUUUACCUGCCGAAUGUGUUCCGGGAAGAAGUGGCGACUUGCCUCCUGGCGCUUGAUGGACCUGUUAUUUAUCAGAAGAGGGAGAAUCACUUCUAUCUCGACUCGUUGUUUUAUCAAGUGUACAAAGUGGUAUUGGAAAUCGUUUUCAAAGUAGCGCCGACGAUACUGUUGGCUGGUUUCAAUCUUCGAAUAAUGGUGGUCUAUCGGCGAUCCUGCGAGCGUCGUCGACGUAUGACACUGUCCAGGACGACGAGCAACGAUGAAGAUUCGAGAACGUUCGCGGAGGAAAGAAGGCUCGUGCUUCUUUUAGGGAGUACCAGCAUCUUGUUCCUCGUCUGCGUCAGCCCUAUGGUAAUUCUUAAUGUUACGUUGAGGGAAAGCAAUCUCAGCCAUUACCCUUACCAGGUGUUUCGCGCCCUGGCCAAUCUGUUAGAGGUAACGAAUUAUUCGAUCACAUUCUACAUCUACUGCCUGUUCUCGGAAGAUUUCCGAAACACCUUGAUCCGCACUCUGCAGUGGCCUUGGGGCAAGAGCAAUCAGGGAGGAAGAGGACUUCCGAUGAAGCGUUCCUCCGUGGCCAGGCCGACAACCACCAUUACCACCACCACCACCACCACACCACCGACCACCGCCGUUGCGACUCCUGGUCAUUUAGCGCGCGCCAGCGUUUAAGUCCAUUUUCCCCCUCCAACCGAGAUCCUACGAAAAUCCCCGAACAUAACCGAAUUCGACCGAUCGUAAAAUUCGAACGCGGUACAAGUAAUGCGUACCAAUCUUCUAAAUCGUAUCUCUGCUUUUAUGUGGUGACGAAUGUGGUGCCCUCUGGAGCACUGUGUAUAUAUAUUAUUAAAUAGCGAAACGAAAUGUAAAAAGAAGGAAUUAAGUCGAUUAAAUUAAAUUAUAAUUUAAUUGCACAUUUGCCGAGGGAAAAAAAAAAAGACUGAUGCGUAACUUUUAUCGAUUGUGUACAAUAAUUGAUCACAUUGUAAAAUACGGUUCAUUAUGAUCUCCUUUUAGUCGAUCUUUUGUUUUAGGUAGGUUAAGCUAAGUUGAAUUAGGUUUAGGAUUUUCCUAAAUCGUACUGUUAGCAACGAAGAUGAUGGUUUCAUAAAAUUUGAAUUGGAUUGUACAC